AUGAGCUUAGAUAUAGAACAAGUGCCAAACUAUGGUACAAUCCCUGCUGAUGAAAUCAUUAUAGAAGAUUUAGAUCUGUUGCAGUCGAGUAAACCUGGUUAUGGUACAAGAUCAAUCUUUGAGGUAUCACUGAACAUUGUUAAUGCUACUGUCGGCUCCGGUGUUAUCGGUUUACCUUUUGCUUUAUUCCUUUCUGGUUUCACCCUUGGCAUAACCAUAUCUAUCUUUGUUGGCCUAUUGACCUUUGCAGCUGUUUACUCCCUUAUUCUAACAGGUCAAAAGAGUCAAAUAUUUAACUUUGCUUCCCUUGCUGAAGUAGCAAUGGGUCGAUUUGGAUACCAUAUGCUGAAUUUAAUGCUUUUUAUACAAAGCGCUGGAAGUGUUAUUAGCUAUUUUAUACUUGUUGCGGAUACCAUACCCAUCCUGCUGGGUCUUUAUUUCCCUAGAUACCCACUGCUGGCUGAUAGGACCAUUGUUACAGUGGUAGUCUCCAUAUUUGUGAUAUUCCCCCUUAAUCUGUUUAGAUCGAUUGGUGCACUGGCAAAAUGGUCUGCCUUUGCUGUACUCUUACUGCCCAUUAUGAUUUUAUCUGUCUUGAUAAGGGCACCAGCCUAUGCACCAGAUCAUGAGGCACCAAUAUUCAGACUGGGUAAGGAUCCUAUUGCGGCCGCAGGCAUCAUGUCAUUUGCCUUUGUUUGUUCACAAGUGGCAUUUUCAAACUAUUUGUCCCAAAAAAACCAAUCAACAUCAGCCUGGAAGCUUUCCUCCAUCGUAUCCACCCUUAUGAGUUGGACCAUUUCGAUCACAUUUGCUGCUAUUGGCUAUCUAAGCUUUGGUCAAGAUGUCUCUUCCAAUAUAUUUAGUAAUUUUCCUGCCGAUGACAACAUUAUCAAUAUAGGUAGAUUGGCACUAGGUCUAUCUAUGGUCUUGACAGUUCCUAUGGCGUUUUAUCCUGCAAGAGACGCCGUGCAAAAAACGAUCGGCUUUGAGACUGUAGAUCGCCAACCAACUGCUUUACAACACUAUGGCAUUACAGUCAUCUUGUUUGCCUUCUUUUUGGUAUGCGGUGUCCAAAUUCGUUCUCUCGGAAAAGUAUAUUCCCUUGUUGGUGGUAUUGCUUCUUCUUUCUUGGCUUAUAUUAUACCUGGAUUUGCCUAUAUUGCUGUCUUUCAUCCUGCAUGGUUAAGACGAUCAGUGCCUUUAGUAGAUAAUAAGAUGCCUCUUGUCAGUAGUGCUUGGUGGUUAGAUAUCAUAUCUGUUAUCCUGGUUGUCUUUGGUGCGAUCGUUAUGCUUUUUACCGUAAAAAGCGCUUUCUAG